AUCAGCACCGAGAUUCCUUCCAACAUCAUUUCCACGUUAGGUUGAAGUGCAUGUUACCCAUGUGGGUCCAAUGUUGACUUGAAUCUUGAGAAAGUUGGAAUUUUUCCCCCCGACAACAUCAUUUGUGUUAACGCGUUUUACAAUGUCGUCGUCCUUCUUUAUCAAGGGGUCCAAAAACCCCAAAUUACCGAAACCUGGAAAAAACAUAACGAAAUCGAAUCGGAAAGGUGAUGGCGACCCAGGUGGGAAAAUUAAAGUCAAGAAACUGAACUCCCGAUAUAACGAAGAGAUUUCCAGCGAAUCUGAGACAGAGAGUCCGAUAGUUGCCAAGAAAAGGCAGGUCAAAGAGAAGUAUGACUAUGACGAAACACCGCAGGAGAAGAAGCUCAGAUUAGCCAAACUUUACCUCAACCAGUUAAAGGAAGAAGAAGAAGAAAAGGCUGAAGGCGAGUCAUUUGAGGCCGAUCUGAUUGCGGGGAGACUUAAAGAAGAAGUGCUUGAACAGAAAGGAAAAUUACAACGACUCAUUGCAAAAGAUCUGUUGCCACCCGACGCUUCCGAAGUCCGUUUGUUACGAGGACACAAGCUACCAGUCACCUGCCUGGUCAUCAGUCCUGAUGAUAAGUGCAUCUUCUCUGCUGCAAAAGACUGCUCCAUCAUCAAAUGGGAUGUCGAGAGCGGGAAAAAACUGUGGGUCAUACCUGGCGGAAGGAAGGGUACAGAAGAUCGACAUGUAGGACAUACGUCUCACGUCCUGUGUAUGUCCAUAUCAUUCGACGGAAAAUACUUGGCCACUGGAGACAUGAACAAGCUGAUCAUGAUUUGGGAAGCUGAAUCGUGCAAGCAUCUCUACAAAUUCACAGGACACAAAGGCCCCGUUUCGGGUCUCUCGUUCAGGAAGGGAACUCACGAUCUGUACAGCGCCUCACACGAUCGCUCCGUCAAAGUGUGGAAUGUGGAUGAAAACGCCUACGUGGAAACUCUUUUCGGCCAUCAGGACGCCAUCACGGGACUGGACUGCCUGAGCCGAGAACGCUGCGUGACCACCGGGGGCCGCGACCACACCGUGCGUGUAUGGAAGAUCAUGGAGGAGUCGCAGCUCGUCUUCCACGGCCACGAGGGUUCAAUAGAUUGCAUCCAACUCAUCAAUGAGGAGCACAUGAUUACAGGCGCUGACGACGGCUCCGUGUGUCUUUGGAGCGUCAAUAAGAAGAAGCCCCUCAGCACGGUGAAGCAGGCUCACGGUUGCAAUGGCGACGCCGGGCUGGAGCAGCCACACUGGGUGGCCGCGGUGGCCGCGCUUCAGAGCACCGACGUCGUAGCCUCAGGUGCAUCUGGCUGUUCCAGCAAUUCGCAGGUGCAGCUGUGGACGUGCGGUCCGCGUUAUCGAGGGCUCGAGCCGCUCUUCAGUGUUCCAGUGAUCGGUUUUGUCAACAGUUUAAAGUUUUCACACUCUGGUCACUUCUUGGUGGCGGGAGUCGGACAGGAACACAGGUUGGGACGAUGGUGGAGACAAAAAGAGGCCAGGAACGGGAUCUAUAUCAUUCCCCUUAAAAGGAAACCUCCCAAUCAAGAUGAAGCCCAGACAGCUGAAUAAUGGACUUUUUUUUGUAAAUUAAAGGCAUUUAAAACCUUUUGCCACAUUAUUAUUUUUUUUAGAGAAUGAUUUGAUGUUGAUAUAACAGGUCGUUUGUUUGCAAAAACAACAGUGUAAAGUGUCUACUGGGUUAUGUAGACAAAUGGGUGGAUCUCUACACUCCCCUCCAAAAGUAUUUAAACAGUGGGACUCAUUACAUGAUUUUUUUUUUUUUUUUAUGUAUACUGAAAACAUUUGUGUUUGACAUUAAAGGUUAAAUAUGGGACGAUAACAGUUAAACUUUUAUUUCCAGGUAAAAUUACUUGUGGGUCUGCUGCAUGUUUUUAUUAUUAUUUGUAGCAUUUUUAGGUAAGCUAAAGUAUUGGAGCGUUCAUGUUUGGAUUUUCAUGUUUGUGACACUACUAUGAACAUAGUCUUCACAGGCAAAACUGAGCAUAGACAUUGAGUGCUAUUUAUUGUUUGAAUAAUUCACCUUGGGAACAAAACACACCUGUCAGCCACACGUUCAAGACUUUUGUAUCGUGCGUGGGUUCAAAGAAAACGUCCAAGGUGUGUAUCUGAUACAAAUGUAAAUUCCUGCACAUUAAAAGUUGAACUGUUUAUCUUGUGUGUGAA